GCAUCUACAAGGUAGCGGGCAAUAAUAUGCAGCCGCUUCUCCUCGCGUUGACUUUCUCAGCUGCCUCGGCCUUCGUCGCGCCCACGACGCCUGCCGUGGGCCUCGUUCUCGAUGGAUCUGCAGUCGAUGAAACCGCGAUCGGGGUCCAAGCGCCGGCAGGUUUCUGGGACCCGCUUGGGUUGAGCACCAAUCAACCAGAGGGCUUUGAACGCCGUCGUGCUGUUGAACGUAAACAUGGCCGCAUUGCCAUGGUGGCGAUGGUAGGAUGCAUCGCGCACAACGCCGACGUGGAAUUCCCGGGCUACCUCUCUCUCUCUCAACAGCUCAAGUUCUCUGAUAUCCCGAACGGCGGCCAGGGUAUCUUCAAGGUUCCAGCUGCCGGUAUCGCGCAGAUUCUGCUCUUCACAGGACUGAUUGAGAUGGCGUGGUGGCCUGCAUCUAAGUAUGACGGCGACUAUAACGUUGGUUUCUUUGGUGCAAAAUACGGGCCGGAAAAGAAAACGGAGAAGCUGAAUGCGGAGAUGGCUAACGGUCGCCUUGCCAUGCUCGGUAUUAUUGGCAACAUGUUUGCUGAAGGUCAGACCGGCCAGACGCUCGGCGAGCAGAUCGGUUCCGGUAACAUGAUCCCAUUCUAAGCACCUCAAGUUCCAAAUAUGAUAUUUCAUUGCCUUUUGGCCAGGAACGUGCGCAUCACGCACCACAAAGGAGGACCAUAUGCCAACCUACCGGGGCGCCAAGCUAGAUAGGUAGCCUACACAACCCCCCGCGCUAACCCACCUGGUGGUAUACUCU